GGAGCCCAAAAUCAAUUAUCAUUUAUCUCGCAGGGUUCCAAUUUCCACGAUCUGUAUUGCUUUCAUUUCCAACACCAACCGUCAACAAAAUUACAUGUCAACGCCACCACCAUGCUCCGACUACGCCUCGCCGACGGCCGCGGCGGAGACAGCUGAUAGACGUUCUCUGACGAGGAAGCAAUGUUGCGUGCACUGAUUUCAAUACACCGGCAUAGUUUGGAGCCCUGUUAAGCUAAUUCCACGCCACCAUGUCAAGAAUCUAUUAUGCAGGUUUGUUUGUGGAAAUGUUAGAAGGUUUGUGCGUUCUUCUGGUCAGAAACAUGGCUUUGAUGUAUUUAAUUUUGAGUCGCAUCAUCCAAGAUGCUCCGCUUACUCAACAUGCCAAUUUUUCUCAUCCUACAGUAAACUUGUACACAAAGGACAAACUCCGCUCAUGUACCUUUUCAAAUUAAAGUAUAAUAACAUCAAUCUAAUUAGCAAAGGGAGAAACAUCUAUUACCUCCCUGCAAAUAGUGCAAACUACCACCAUCCUCAAAUUAUUUGGAGCAGGAUUUCUCAAAUGUGUCUCCCACCAAUUCCACCACCAAUAGGUCAUAUUGCCCGUGCAGUUAGUUUGGCAUUGGCUCGAUCGAAUAUUCUUAUUCCUGGUUUCAUUGCAUUCAUAAUAGAGGAGCUUGCUUGGACACAACAAUCAUGGGCUGAAGCAGAAUCCUUUCCAAAUAGAGAUUCAUUUUACAUACAUGCACUAGAUGGACGUAUAUAUCUAACCUCAGCUAUCUUAGAAGCUCUCGAGAUUGUUAUCUUGUUUAUCAGGGCUAUCUAUUUAAUAGUUUUAUUCUUCCCCUGCAUAGCUAUGGCUCCUUUAGUGAACCAUUUUGGUGAUCAGUUUAGGAAAACAUGGAUUCAUGUUGUUCGCCUUUCACUUGAAAAGGCCGGGCCAGCAUUUAUUAAAUGGGGUCAAUGGGCUGCAACCAGACCAGAUCUCUUCCCUAGGGAUCUCUGUGGAGAACUUUCAGAAUUUCACACCAAAGCACCGUCACACAAAUUUGCUUAUAGCAGAGCAUGCGUUGAAAAUGCAUUUGGGCGCAAGUUGACGGAAAUAUUUGAAAAUUUUGAUGAGGAACCAGUAGCAUCAGGUAGCAUUGCUCAAGUUCAUCGAGCUACUCUAAAAUACAAAUACCCAGGCCAGCAAAUGAAACCUCUUGUAGUGGCAGUGAAGGUCCGACAUCCAGGGGUUGCUGAUGCGAUUAGAAGGGAUUUCAUCAUCAUCAAUCUAAUUGCUAAGAUUUCAUGUUUAUUCCCUAAUUUGAAGUGGUUGAGAUUAGAUGAAAGUGUGCAACAAUUUGCUGUUUAUAUGAUGUCUCAGGUUGAUCUUUCAAGGGAAGCAGCACAUCUUAGUCGUUUUAUCUAUAAUUUCCGCCGAUGGAAAGAUGUUUCAUUCCCAAUGCCUCUAUACCCCCUAGUGCACCCAUCUGUUUUGGUGGAAACCUAUGAACAAGGUGAAAGUGUUUUGCACUAUGUUCACGAGCUUAAAGGCCAGGAGCAUAUCAAAAGUGCCCUAGCUCAUAUUGGAACACAUGCUCUUUUAAAGAUGCUUUUGGUGGAUAAUUUUAUUCAUGCUGACAUGCAUCCAGGAAAUAUUCUUGUCCGUGUUGCAAAAAGCAAACUAUCACCUAUAGGACUCUUUAAGUCAAGGCCCCAUGUCAUUUUCCUUGAUGUAGGCCUUACUACUGAACUUUCUAAAAUGGAGCGGGAAAAUUUACUGAAAUUUUUUAAGGCUGUUGCUCUUCAAGAUGGCCGCAGUGCUGCGGAAUCUACUCUUAGGUUAUCAAGACGACAAAAUUGUCCAGACCCCAUAUCUUUCACUGAGGAGGUGGAGAAAUCAUUUGAGUUCUGGAGAUCCACAGAAGGUGAAAGAGUCAGCACAGCUGACCGUAUACAACAGUUGCUUGAGCAUGUUAGGUUCUAUAGAGUCAAUUUGGAUGGCAAUGUCUGUGCUGUGAUGGUGACCACAUUGGUUCUGGAGGGUUGGCAGCGGAAGCUUGAUCCGGAAUAUGACGUGAUGCAUACUUUGCAGACACUCCUAUUUAAAAAAGACGACUGGGCAGAGUCUAUGUCUCAUGCCAUUGAAGGAGUGGUAGCUCCGUAAAGAGGUGGCUGUUUGAUGGCAAGCAAUUCUUUCCUUUCCCCAAUUUUGAGAUUGUACACUUAGCAAUAGCUGAUGAUUUGUAUUCUAUUUUUUCAGUUUCUUUUGUUUUAGUUUUUAACGAGUUCUUAAUAAAUGGAGGGAACUAGUUAUUGUACAGUUUUGAAAUAAAUUUAUUUUAUGGAUAUUAACCCUUGAUGUAAACUAAAAUAACAAACACAUGAAAUGAAUAAGCAUUCAUUUUUAUUUUGGA